AAUCACUUAAUUUCAUUCCGUCAGAAUACUUCAGAAAACAGCACAAAUAUUUCAGUGGCUAGUUCACGUGUCAAUACGCCAAUCGCACAUUUCUCUGGAAAACCUGUUACAUUAUUAAAACAACAUCUUGGUCGACCGAGUAGUGCUCCGUGUUUUUUGGCGCAUCCUGUUACAGAUAGUUCACAUGAGGCAAAAACUGAAUGUGACGCUGAUGAGCACAAGCCUGCGACACACAGUGACACCAGUGACCAACACUCAUCAAGUCCAGAUGUAGAACAAGCAUCCUGCGACUCUCAGACAAGUGGAGAAAAAGAAUCAAAUGAAGAGUCCGACAAUUCAAAACUGGUUUUCGACAGAAAGCUAUUGAAAGAAUGCAGAAUUAUAUUAGAAGAUGAAUAUGAUCGAGCUCUUAGACAACAUGGUUGGAGAAUGGAAAUACCUGGAGAUCCUUUAAAUUUGAAAUCAUCAUUGUUACCGAAGCGCUUAUCAUACUCAGUGAAGUUUCCUUUACAACCAACUCUACCACAACCUCCAAAAAUGAAGAAACAAAAUGUUGAGACAUUCUUCCAACCGUGCAUUAAAAUCCCUUUAUCCAGUUUCACUAUCCAUCCAGAUUUCACAUCAGAGUGUUAUAAUAUGCAUAGAAAUUAUUUAAUUAAAAAAGGUCUUUGGAAUUAUGCUUCACGUGAUUAUUCGUUUGCUUAUUAAAAUAAUACCCUUUCUGCUCUG